AUGAGGACUAGGGCGUCAGAGAGAAGGCUUACUCGAUCUAGAAGUUCUCUUACAAUCCAAAACGGGGUUAAGUCAUCGUCAACAGCUACACGAGUUCGUUGUAAAGGUAAAUCUCGAUCCUCAGUACGGAGCGUUGCGUCCAGAGAUCGAGUGCUACGUUCUUCAAGGAACAGGAAGGUGCAUGUAUUACAGUCUCAGAGCAAGCAGUCAUCAAAUAAGCCAAGAAAGCAACCAGUAUCGUCACGAUCUUCUGAAGGAGUUGCGAGUAGUAGGAAGUCCGAAAGGCAGACACGUAAUGGGCUGCCGGAUGCCUCUCAGUCGCUCUCAGCAUCAAAAGCGAAGCGCAGGAAAGCGGGAAAGACCCGUGAUGAGCGAUCAGAGGAUCCCUAUGAGUUAAGUGAGGACGAAAACGAGGCACCCGCUGCUAUUUUUGGCAGCCCGUCUGCUCCCUGUGCGGCCAUCUCAUCGAUUGACAAGAAACGCAAAUUUUUCCCGACUCGACGUGAGGGCUCAACCAAUCGCGCAGCUCUUAGUGGAUUCGACAUUUUGCGUCGAAAACUUACUGCCAAGUCGAGAAGUUAUCGUCGACCUGCUUCGGCAGCCGAUCAGACAUCCUCGUCCCGUGCAGCACCGAUGAGUGAGAGUGAACGAGCGCGGAUAGCGGCGACUACCAUUUGGCUGCCACUUCCAAAUCAGCAGUGUGCGUCGACGCCCGAUCGACAACACCCCCAACGAAUGCAGCCGCAAAUUCUGUCGCUCCCGCCACCAGACGAGAGGAGUGAAAUUCUCACGGGCAAUCCUGCUGUCCGACUGUCGAGUCUCUCAGUCCUAGCCUCACCACUCGACUCGCGGACAGUGAAGCCGAAUAACACACCGUUGGAGAGUACCGCAGUGAUGCCUCACGAGGGCAGUGCCCACGAUGCACCACCACUAGCGGACAUAUCAAACAUUUCUCCUCGGCCACCACUUUCGGCCUAUCAGGUGGGUGAUAAGAUCCACAGUGAGGCGCGUCGCAUCUCCUUCGCCCAACCGCUCUCUCCGAUACCUAAACGCUCAAGUGGUUCAAGGGGACGCAAAUUUGAGCUUGAACAUGCUGUGACCAUUGGCGUGGAUACGGUGGAGGCGUUCGUUAUUCGUCGUUGUCUGCGCCUCGCAACUACGGGCUGCACCACAAGCCUUGUCGAUGCGAACUACGAGCAGUGGCUGGAGGAGUUCAACUCUCAAUUAAAGCCCUACGAGGAGUUUGAUCUUACAAUUGAUUAG